UCUUGGUGAGCACAUUGCAAUCAACGGGUCAAACAGCCUUCAACAUUUUCGUAUAUAUUUCCUGAGCCUGUCUGUCCUUCAUCGCUUGAUACGCCCAUAUUCCACCACUGAACCGUCACUCACCCAGAGCACAUUCAAGCGAGGAAACGAUCAGAUCAAACUCACAUGCACGACGUGUCUCUCAAACAGCGAGUAAACAAACUACCUCCUCUCCGGCAAUCACUCACUCACAGGAUGGCUGUCAUGAAGUAGCCGAUAAAGAUGCAGGCAAUGUAGAUCUGCAGCAGACCGUACGCCAGCUCAAACCCGAUCAAAAACCUUCAAGACACACAGGCCAGGCACACACAGAGACCAAUGGAUGCGUUGCAUGAGAGAUACAGCACAGCACACCAUCUACAGUAUCUAUCUCUCUGUGUGGUCACUCCACUCACCCGAGCAGCGUGAGGUACAUGGGCGCCAGAGUGGUGGCGAGGAGGACCUUGAGGAUCUGGCUGAAGAUGAACAUCGACAGCGCCACACGGGACGACUGGAAGGUGAAGCGGAAGAAGUAGAUGAAGAUCCACCGGUACGCCAGCGCCCAGUUGAUGAUGAACGAGGCGAACUUCUGGAUGUCGUGGUUGGGGAUCAGCGGGAUGCCCCCGCCGCCCCCGCCACCUGCCAUGGGGGAGAUGGCGGGGAAGCGGCUGCCCUGGUGCUGCAGUGUCGUCAGCAGCUGCUCGGUGCGGGCCGCCGCACGCUCGAUCAGGUCGCCCUGGUGGCCGUUGUCGCCGCUGCCGGAGCCGAACAAGACCUGCAUCAACACAAGGGGACAUGUGCACCCCACCCCGGAGGGUUGCUGUGCUGUGCGUGGUGUGUGUGAUGUAAUUCAUUACACACUUGUGCGGCUGAGAGGGCCUGCACGGGAUACUCCACGCCAUCGAUGGAAACCGUCAGAGGGAUGCUGCAAGGCAAGCACAACACGGCGAUGGAUGAGUACUUGCUGUACUGUAUGCAGCUUAGCUUUUGAAGGAGUGCGGUGCAGUCCAAUUGCUAUCGUCUUACUUUCCGUUGAGGUAGUGUGCGUAUCUCUUGGACAGGUUUCUGAGGGCGUCGGGGGCUGCCAGGGCCUCGCACGCAGCCGUCUGCUUCAGGUGGCACGUCAACUGCAUGCCCUCACCGCCACCCUCAACAUGGGGCCUGAUCAGCAACAGAUCAGCAGCCAUGUCUUCGCUCUCUGUCUGUCUGUGUGUCAGUCAUGCGAUGCUCACUCGACUGUGUAUUGUCCUGAUUUGUCUGCAGUGAGCUUCCAGCCAUGUGGGAAGUCAGGGUCAGUGCAGCCAGCUGGGCGACUGACGAUCUGCAGACAGACAGGCACAGCGCACAGCCAUGGAUGAGCUCUUGCCUAUGCCGUGACACGUUCCUGCCAGGCUCGCCUGUCUGACUGACCUCGAUCUUAUCGGCAAUGGCGAAAGCCGAGUGGAGACCCAAGGUCAGCUGAACACAACACGAGCAUCAAACAAGCCAUCACCCAGACAUGAGAGAUUGAAGAAGCGCGUUGGUCCAUCCAUCCGUGUGUGUUAUGUCACCUGUUCUGUAAGUGCCGUGGCGUUGACGCAUUUGGUGGUCAGGUUGGUGAGGCGGUCCUUCAUCGAUGACCACGGCAGGCCCGCACCACGCACCUUGUGGACCGACCAGCCACACACCACCACACCACACCCGAUGCAAUCAAUCAAUGGUACUGCUGGGUCGGAUCCUGUGUGUGUGCGACUGAGUCGGUGACGUGACGUGACGCACCUCCAGGUUGAGUGUCUGCGGCUGCUGUGUGGCGGCCGUGUUGGUCGCGCUCACGCUGACCUUCAAACCGCCGCGGGUGUACAGACCAAAUGUGUCACCGGUCACUGCACAACACAGACAGACCCAUCCACUUCCAGUUCAGGGGAGCCGAGCCAGUCGUGCGCGACGCGAUGGAUGUACCUUCCAUGCCUCCAUCGUCGUUACCUUUGUUUCGCGUGGCUUCGACAAUCCAGCCAUUCGCCUCCCGAAACAGCUCACGAAAGACAUUCUGACACAACACACACACACACAUCCAUCCAUCCAUCGUCCCGACAUCUCUCUCAUCCCCCGCCCACCUGUCGCUGAGGGUUGCGGCCACUUGCCACAAUGCCGAUCAGCUUCCUCGUCUCAUGAGGCACAGACAUACCACUGCCAACGCUAGAGCUGCUGCUGCUGAUAGAAGGAGGAGGCGAUGGGCUGCCGCCGCUCGAAGGCGAGUGCAGCAGCCGCGCCCCCCAGGAGCAGCCCACCGCCCUUGCAGCGUUCAGCGCAUCCUGCGCGGGCAGCCGCCUCACCAGCACUGCCGACGGGUGCGACGAUGCCGUGACACCGAUCUGCCUGCACCAAGCAAACGAACACAAGAGCGUCAGAUCUCGGUGUUUUGCAGACUUGCACACUCAAGGUGUACCUCGCCAGCUGUCGUGGCAGCAUCUCUCCCUUCC